GUUCAUGCAGCCAGGCGCCUUCGAUUCAGCUCAGCCACCUGAUGGAUGACCUGCAGUACACAGUCUGGCUCACCUUCACGGAUGUCAAAGACUGGUAGAUGCGCUGGACAAUACAGUCACCCGGAAUCGCCCCGUCCCGGUUCCUCGUGGAACGGCAAGGUGGUGUCGUUCGACCAGGUCAAGCUCUUUUCGGACGAGGGAUACGGCCAGCAGCCGCGGCCACCUGUGACCCUCAAAAUCGACUCCACCUACCGCGUACAAGUCAACGUCGGAGCUGUCAAUGACAGCGGACACAUUCUGAGCAGCACGGUUUUCCGCAAGUUCAUCGGUCAUUCCUUCAUCGCGGUCAGCCAUGCCUGCAGGAACGUGCCAAGUCUCUCGCAAGUCUUGGCACACAGUCGCAAGAAGAAAGUGCGCUAAUUUCCAAAUGUAGAAUUGUUUGUGAUGUUCAUUCUUGUUGUUCAAUAAACACAUCUACCUGUUUUCUCAUGGAAUC